CUACAAAUUUAUUCUCUUAGCAGUAUUAACAUUUUUAUACAAAGUACAAUUAAGUGCAACUCAAAAAGGAGACAUCACGAACUUUUAUAUUACACAAUUCAAAUUCAACACCACCAAUAUUAUCUUGUCACUAUUGACAUAUUGGCGUUUAGAGACAAGUUCUCGAUGCCAGGUAUUCAGAUUCCCCUAGACCAUGGACGGUGAUCUAGCAGUCGAGCCAGAGCUCGACUCCUUCAGUUUAACAUUUCCUCUGCCUUACCGUGUGGCCUUUAUCAUUGUGCUAGCUGUCUGGGCCUGGGGCGCCAACCUACACUACCUCUACACCGUCGGCAUCGACGUGCCCUCCCUAAUACGUUAUCCAGGGCGCUCCUCACCACACCACCCAACGCACCACCUUUCCACCUACCGCCUCGCGACCGUCCUCUCCUCGAUAUUCAUCUUCGCCCUGCUCGUCUUCUGGGCCUUCACUCACCGCGACCCCGAUCUAGUCCUACGCUGGGACUGGCUACCCCUCCUCUACCUCGCCAUACUCCUAGGUCUCCUAAUCUUCAUCCCAGCGUUAAAAUCCCUCUCUCACUCCGGUCGCGCGCGUUUACGCUCUACACUCCGCCGUAUAAGCGUCGGCGGUAUCGCGGAAACGAAAGAUGGGAAAUUCGGCGAUAUUUUACUCGCCGAUGUCCUAACGAGCUACGCUAAAGUCCUCGCGGAUCUGUACGUAGCACUGUGCAUGUUCAUCCGCGGCGGCGAACGAGGCGGCGCGACCGCGCGUCCGGAUCGUGGGUGCGGAGGCGCGGUUGUGGUUCCGCUUAUCCUGGCUAUUCCCUCGUUAGUGCGGCUUCGCCAGUGUCUUAUCGAGUACGGCCGUGUGCGAAGGGGAAGGAUUACAGAGAAUACCGGGUGGGGCGGCCAGCAUUUGGCUAAUGCGCUGAAAUACGCGACUGCGUUCCCGGUUAUUGUGUUUUCUGCUAUGCAAAGAAAUUCGACGGGUGGACAACCGCCUCCGCCGCAUUAUUAUCAGGCUUGGAUCGGCGCGUGUGCGGUCAAUUCAUUGUAUAGUUUCUACUGGGAUGUAGCGAAGGAUUGGGAUUUGACACUGUUUGAUAGCAAGGCGAGGAGCGCACACGAUCUUAAGGCGUUUGGGCUGCGCCGGCGAUUGCAUGUUGGACCGCCAGUGCUGUAUUACGCUGUGAUAGCGCUGGAUUUGUUGCUACGGUGUACGUGGAGCUUGAAGCUAAGUCCGCAUUUAGGACGAAUCGCCGAUUGGGAAGGAUCGAUUUUCAUCAUCGAACUAUUGGAAGUGUUCCGUCGUUGGGUCUGGAUCUUCUUCCGUGUCGAGACUGAGUGGAUUCGUAACACGAACGUCCCAGGACUCGAAGCGGAUGAUAUUCUGCUUCCGGAUUACCACAAUCAUAAUAUACAGGGUCCGAAAUAUGAGGACGAUGACUAGAAGUUGAGGCUCAGUUGAGUGUCCUGUUUGUUAUCUUGUGGGUGUAAAAGGAGAGCUCGAAGUUUUAGAGGGCGCGAGGAAUACUAUAUAGAACUAUGUGGUGUAUGUAUGCGUAGGCGUCGUGGUUGCAUUGCAGGCGUUCGCUGAUAGACUAGGUGCGGCCGUGAAGAUUGGUGGUUGAUUAUGAUUUAAAAUAUAGUAUUGGGAUAUACCAACGAUGAAUCUAAUUAUCAAAAUGUACAUAGAUAUAUGGGAGAUAUCACGAAUUCGAAUG